GGAGGAGGAGGAAGAAGAAAUUGGGAAGAAAGUAGGAAAAGGAGCAGCAGCAGAAGAAGAAGUGGCUAAAAAAAACAACAACACGGACACUUGGCUGUCUGUUAACAAACAAGGUUACACAAUUAUCUGAGAGUAUGUUGAACUUUAUGUUUCAGAUAACGACCCGAUGCAUGAUGUGAGGUGUGGUAAAGCCUUUUGACACCUGGAAGUGGCUGCUGAUAUGGUGGACCUGAGACUGACCCUCAGGAGCCCCCAGUCUCACUUUUUUAUGAGAGUCUGGGGAAAAUAUUGCCACAUAUUAUGGAUCUAGGACAUAAUUUUCUAUGAUAUUACGAUUUCACAUCGCUUCAAUCCAACAGCUGUAAGAAACAUGGAGAGAGAAGCAGCUGAGAAGGAGAUGGAUGGCGUUACAGACACUGAUGAGGAGAUCCCUGAUAGUGAUUCCGCCUCAGUGACCAAUUCUGGUCAGUGGGAGGCCAGACAGACUGAUGAUGACUGCGAGCAGGAGGACAAAACAGCCUAUCUCAAAUCUCAGGAUACCCCAAAUCCAGCAACUCCACAAGACAAUGGAAUUGGUGAAGCAGAGUAUUGUGGAUCUACAGAGGCCAAAGAGGAUACUGAGGAGGCUUCAGAUGGCUUUGAGCAUGACAGCACUGCAGAUCAUGAGAACUUGCAUGUUAUAAAUCAAGAAGAGGAUGAAGCUGCGAAGGAGCAGCACAUGAAUGGGGAGUCUGGUUGGAGGAAUGUGGGAGCCGGAAGGAGAUGCAAACUGAGGAGCAGUGGAUCAGUUUCAGAGCAGAGCGGUCAAAGUGCUUUUUCCUCCAUUCAAAAAGGCAAUGUUAUGUCAAGUGGUGGCCGGCACAAGCAGACCCGCAGACGUAACCACCACCACCAUCAGCAGAACCGAGGCCGCAGGCGGACGGGCAACCAGCUCGUCUUAGCUUUCAAGGAGAUGCUGUCAGAGUCUCUGAGCUUCUGGUGCAUCUCCUGCGUCCACAUGAUGAUUGAGAUUAUUGUCACAUUAACUCACAACUGUGGAGUCGGUGUGGAGACGGGAGGGGUGAAACUUUACAACUUUGGGCAGCGGCUCCUUGUAAAGAUCACAGAUACAGCAGGAAUGAAGGCGGACGCUAGUCGGAUUCUGAAAUGGAUGAAAUGCACGGGAACAGACCUGGUGGAUAAAACCGUUAGGUCAGUAAAAUGGGUUAAGACAGCUGCCUUAUCUUGUUUGAGACUUUUCUGUGCUUUGGUUAUUCUCGGUUCCCAGUGGGCAAAGGGUGUGUUGGUCCGCCUUGGUGGAGAGAGGGGAAAACGCUAUUGGACAGCUUUUCAGGAGUCAAGGUUUUGGAAGAGGGUGGCGUCCCUGCUGGAGGGAGUCCGAAGCAGGUUCAGGAGAGAUGGCCAUGUACCACUGUCCAGCCCUGAGUCACCUGGCAGAGCAGGGAGAGGCCAGCCAGGCCAGGAGUUGAAGAGACUGCUGGCCUUGGCUGAGGUACCAGAGGACGAGCUGGACCCCUUUACAGUGCUCGGCGUGGAGGUGCAUGCUACUGAGGCUGAGCUGAAGAAGGCCUACAGACAGCUGGCUGUCCAGGUCCAUCCAGACAAGAAUAAACACCCACGAGCUGGAGAGGCUUUCAAAGUACUGAGGGCCGCCUGGGAUAUUGUCAGUAACCCAGAGACACGACGAGAGUAUGAGUUGAAGCGUAUGGCAGCAACUGAGCUCUCAAAGUCAAUGAACGAGUUUCUCACUAAACUGCAGGAUGACCUGAAGGAAGCCAUGAACACCAUGAUGUGUACCAAGUGUGAAGGCAAACACAGGCGGUUCGAGAUGGAUCGUGAACCUGCCGAGGCCCGGUUCUGUGCUGAAUGCAACCGUUGCCAUAGUGCUGAGGAGGGGGACCUGUGGGCCGAGUCCAGCAUGUUGGGCCUGCGUAUCACAUACUUUGCCUGUAUGGAUGGCAAGGUCUAUGAUAUUACAGAGUGGGCAGGUUGCCAAAGAAUAGGCAUUUCCCCUGACACACACCGUGUGCCCUAUCACAUCUCUUUUGGUUCAAAGAACAACAGCAACUCCACACGGCACAGGACGCCCUCAGAGCCUGCCCCAGGUCCGACCAACCCUGCAGAUUUGCAGGACUUCUUCAACCGCAUCUUCAAGGGAGGACCUCCUAACGACAUGGCUGCAAAUGGGGGCUUCUUCCCCUCAGGUCCGCCCCAUCAUAACCCACCUGGUGCUGGAGUGCCGCCGUUCUCCCCUCCCCCAAGCCAGACAGGUUUCUUCAUGCCGGGGGGUCACCGGCCAGAGUCCGGCGAGACGUGGGCUGAAAGUGGCAAACCCCCCCGAAGGAGGAAGAAGGUCCGCAAACCCUUCCAGAGGUGAAGUCUGUAGACUUCUCAGUGUAUCAACAUAACAACACAGGGACACAAUAAAUAAUGGCCAUGUUUGUCUCUCGCCUGCCUGUUGGCAUGCCAAGACCUGAACUGGAGAAGAUUCAUGUAGGAAAGGCUGCGGGUCAGAUCAGCCAGAGGAGAGAGAGACUGGACCAUGAAGAGGAGACUGUUGACUGAGUUACAAGUAUUGAAGGAGGCCUGAAGACGUGGCAGUGAUGGUGCUUUACCUCUCAUUUCACCUUACUUUUUGUUGGUCUUUAAGACAACUGUAGCCUUGGCAUUGAAAUCCUUAUCAGGAUGCUGUAAUGAAACAUUUUCCUUUCAUAAUUUCCUGCCAAAUCCUGCAAUGCAUGAUUUAUUCACCUGCAUUUUAACACUUCAGUUCUCUCACUUUUGUUGUUAAAGUUUUAUAUAAAGUUAGUUUAAGGCAUUGGUUCCAGACAGAGUGACACUUGAAGAGAGGGACUGUGAGUUAUGGAUCACUAUAAUCAACAUGAGGAAGAUAAUGAUCUGGGCAGAUUCACUGUAUCAGUGUUACUCAUGUUAGUGGCAUGUGGGUGUAGGUUUGCACCUCUCACACCAUCUUUCAAGGAUUAAUCGAAACCAGCUAAACCCAACACAUCAACUAAAUUUACAAAAACAGCUGAAAAUUUUGAAAACGUACAUGCAGUAACGACAUUGUUAUUGGUGAGCCUGCUUUUACAGUAAGAUCAGAGGGCACGGUGUGAAUCUCUGGUAGUGUGCCUACAGACAGCAAGAGAAGGCAAAGAAUACUUCAGUAUUCAUGCCUCAAUGAAAGUCACAUGCAGUCAACCUCCAGCAUUGGGGAUCCACUGAGGCAGCUAGCAUUACUAUAAAAAGGCAAAUUGUCUCUUUAACGGACAUGAUGCGUAGUUAAAUAUUACCUGAAUCUUUCUAGAGUUGCGAAACAACAAAUUUGCGCUCUCUAGAAGUUAACUUUCAAUGGUUAGAUAUUAUAGAACCUCUAAGAAGUAAAACAAAUAAUUUCAAAGUCAUUACUAUAUGAAGAUUUGGCCAUUCAUGCAGAAUUAGUUAUGCUAAAACUGAUGCUGAUAUUUGUGUGGCGAUUACCAGAGAAUCACAUCCACCAUUGUAAGACCACUCACUCAUUAAAGAUUUAUUAACCUCUCUUUUCAAGAGCCACUGAGCCAGAGGAGACAGUGAACCUGCGAUGUAGUCGAGAUGUAAAAUUUGAACCUGAAUAAGUAAAAAAUAAUUAAAGAGAUUUUUUUGUUUUGAGAUAUACUGAUUCAAAUUUGCUAAAUCUGCCUGUUAGUUAUUGUUUCAGCUCCAGAUUGGCAUUUUAAUUACAGCACAGGUUCAAAUCUAACAGCAGGAAUGAGUUCAGUGGUGUUUCUAUAAUACCAAGCCCCAGCUGAGCUGCUUUGAGAAGGUCUCAAAACUUUAGAAGCGACACCUUGACAUUUUGAAAUGUUGAUAUUUUUCGUCAUCAGGGAUUCAUUGCCGUUUAAAAGACCACAUAGAAUUGAUCUACACUGCCCCCUGUUGAUUCACUGUGUAACCACACAAAAUGAAAAUGGUGGUCACAGUUUAACUGAUAUACAAAGCUAGUAAUACAGAAAAUACAACAGUCAAUCGCCAUUUGACUCUUAAAUGUAAGUAAUUUAAUGUCAGGAAUUGUGCUAAUUUAUAAAUACUUAAGCAAGCUUGACCUGUAUGUAAACUUACAAUGCUGUCAAAUUUGUUUUUUUUUCCAUCAGCAUUGUUACUUUAGUUUGAUCAUUACUGACUUCACAGUAAGCCUUGAAUAAGACAACAGUUAAUGCAGAUGUUGCAUUUGCCAUAUGCUGAUUUCAUAUAGUUGAUGUGUGUAGUUGUUCAGGCUGCUACUGAAAAAUUAACGUUCCAGUUGUCAAAAUUUUAACUCUAUUUCCAUCAGGGUCGUACUUGUAAAGAGCCAUUUUAUGCCAGUUAUGAUGUUUUGGGCAUGUUAAGUCAUGACACCCAGCUCAGGACAAGUCAGUGAAAAAUCUACCAUAGAAAAAUAAACAUUCAAAAUAAUGGUGCUACUCCUGAGUGUCAAAUUUGUUUCUAGCCGUCCUGGUUAUUACUUUACAAAGAAAUUAUGUAUUUUUAUUUCAGUCUGCAGUGUCGUCUCAGUGGCUCCUGACAGCUUACAGUUAAUGUAAAAAAAAUUCAGACUCUUAAAGUUUUGCGGCCAUAUGCUAUAAACUAGUGUUGUAUUGUGGUUAAUAUCCAAAAAUCCAGGAAGGAUGUGGUUCAGCUUUCAAAAUGUCAAGGUCACAGGUUCAUAGAAAAUAUCAGUUUCACUGUAUGUUAAAACAUGAAGGGGUCAGAAAAAUAAUUGGUUGUAUUUUGGGUUUGGUUUCUUGAUAUGGCUGUUGCAUAGAGAUAAUUUAAUUUUCAUCGUAGGUUAAUUUAAGAAAACAUAACUGUUAUUGUUUACACCUGAUAUGAAGAUUGAGAGUGUCGUGGAAUGGCUAUUAUGUGUGAUAAGGCAUUUGAUAAAUGCUAUUUUUUAUAUUGACAAUUGAUGAUGAAAAGUACCAUGUUCAAUGUUUUUGUUUUGUGUUAAUUUGCACACCCACCCUGGUAAUAACAUGAGAGGGAUUUUGAAGAGUCAUCAGUGAUUUAGCCUAACCAGACUCCUCCAGCUGCAGCUGAGUAGGAGGUGUAGCUUGCUAAGCUAACAGCUCAUUUGCAAAUUAAGCUAUUUUUCUUUUGGUAGAAUCUGAAUGUUAAAUGAGUGACAAAUCUUUAACAAACAACAUUUGCACUCUGGAGAAACCCAAGCAUGCAAAGUAUUUGUUUGAGCUCAUUGAAGCAGGAUAUUAAGUUUUCCAUGUUUCUUUUCAUGUCUCAAAUUUUUUUCUCUUGUAUUUAACCAGUUUCCCAGAUGUGGGUUGAGUUGUUGUCAACAAAAAUGGCCCUUCCUUUUAAGUGAAAUCAACUCUAAAUGUAAAAAAAUAGUCCUGGAUUUAUCUUAUUCUGGUAAAAAUUGUUAGCAUAAAGGGAAGUUACAGCUCAGCCAGAAAUAUAAGGACUUACACAUUUGUUUUUCCAUUUGGGUAGAGUUAAAUUCAGAUUGUUACUGUGUGAUAAUCAGAGAAAUCAACAAAAAUGACAUUAAUUUAGUUAAUUUGUUCCAGAUUUUUCUCAACAACGUGCAAUUUUGUCAUCUUACAUACUUGUUUAGGCCCUGAUCAUCCAUGUUCCUUUUAACAUUUUCAGAAAAACGUUUUUUAGAUCAUAAUGUACUGUCAAAUAUCUAAUUCAGUCCCUGUCUUGGAAACUGGAUCCACAGCUGUAACCACGUUAAGCAGAGUGCGUUGUUUUCCACACGUCCACCUUGACUUGAGAAUGUACAGUGCUGUAUGUUGAAGGUAGCAGUCCGAAGUCCAAGAGGUCAAUGAAAGAGCCAACACUACAGAUUUUUCUUUUCUUUUCAUGUUAACAGAAUAUGCAGAAGUAUUGCAAAAAAUAUCUGACAAUCAUCAGGGUUUUUUGUAGGGAAUUGUGAUGCGAGUUCCCUGGCUGGCAAACAGUUUUAAAAUAUCACUGUUGGGUUUCUUUCCCCUGCUUUCUCUGGUUUUCAAAAUAAAGAUGAUUUCCUAUAUGCA